GUCACACGAACAACUCCCACUAGAGCAAAGAGAGGGGACAGAGACAGGAUAGAGGGAGACAGAAGCACAAAGGGACUUCAACUCGUAUAACUCCUCAGCCCCAGGAUGUUUAAAAAGAAGGACGGUGGCCUGCUGAAGGUGUCCGGCAAGAUCAGCAAGAGCCAAGUAAAUGAUUUGGCCUUGCUGAUUGCUCGCAUGCAGAAGAAUGCUGAUGUGGUGGAGAAAGAUGUCUUGCGUGCUGAGGAAUUGCUGGCUGUGGAUGCAGAAAACUUGAGAAAGGACCUGCCAUUAAAGCACCAGAAGGAGAACGCGGAUCGCUUGGCGGAGGCAGAAGGACUGCUGAAGGACCUCUUUCUGGACGUGGAUAAGGCCAAGAAGCUGAAGCACCCACAGGGCAGCGAGAUUGAGAGCGAUGUCAGCCACCUCCAUGACCGCUGGUUCAAAGACUGCGGCUUUUACCGCGAGGUGUAUGAACAGAUCAAGGAAGUCGAACUGGCACCCAGAAUUGACUGGGCCCAAGUGCUCAACCAGAAACAGAGACAAGUGAAUGCGGAAGAGUAUGGCCCCAGUAUGUCAGACCUGGAGAAGCAGAUUGCCUCACACAACAUCCUGCACAAAGAGAUCGAGGCCUACAAAAACCAGCUUGAUGUCAGUUCCACAGGAUCCAAGGAGGAGUUUGCUGCCAUUCAGAAGCAGUACAACAAUCUUUUAGACAACUCAAAAUGGCGGCACCAGUACCUGAGCAGCUUGUAUGACUACAUGCAGGGCUGCAAUAAAGAGCUUGCAUACCUGAAUGAAGAACAGAAAAAGAUCCAAAGUCAGGACUGGAGUGACCGCAUGGUGGACCCCCCGGAUGUGCGCAGGCAGUACGAGCACUUCAAGAACAACAGCCUGCUGUCACAUGAGAGCGAGGUGAACAAGCUGCAGGAUGGCGGGGACCGGCUCAUCGAGAUGAAGCACCCUGCCAGCGACACCAUACAGAUGCACAGAGAUGCGUUGAGGACCGAAUGGCAAGAAUUCCUGAAUCUGUGCAUCUGCCAGGAGUCACAUCUGGAGAAUGUGGAGGAGUACAAGAAGUUCCAACUGGAUGCAGACACUCUCUCCGAGAACCUGGGGAAACUCAACUCCUCCCUGGACCCAAAAGCUCAGACCAAUAAGACCCACACUGAGAUCCUCCUACAGCUUGAGGGGGAAGAGAGGGCGAUGCAGCGGAAUGAGCAAGACCUGGCAGAUCUGAAGACGCGUAGCACCUCCAUCACCCCGCUCAAACUACGCCGCAGCCAGCUCAACAAGCCUGUCAGUGUGGAGUCCCUGUGUGACUGGAGCACCAAAAAGGCAUCAGUGACUCGAGGCGAGAAGCUACUCCUCAAAUCCAAUUCGGACAAUGAGAACUGGAACCUUCAGGCAAGCAAUGGGACAGCCAAAACAAUGCCAGGGGUGUGCUUCGUGAUACCACCCCCUGACCCAGAGGCCAUUAACAAAGUUGACAGGCUUACUGCAGAUCUUUCAGACCUGAAGAAGAAGAGAGCUGCCCUCCAGGCUUCCCUGAAGAACCACACCCCAGAGGUUACAAGGUCACUGAAAUCAGCCCCUGUGACCAGGGCCGCGAUGGACCCUAAAUCAGCCGAGUUGGCCACGAAGCUGGAUCAGCUGGAUGAUGAUCUGGAUAAGGCCCAGCAGGAUAUCCUGAGCCUAAUGAGAGCCCCGCUGGACCGCACUGACCCGGCAGCAGACCUGGCUAAUCGGCUGAAAGAGCAGGAGAAAGCAGCCCUGGCCCUGAAGAGACUAGAGCAGGAGAAGGCUGCAGCAGAGAAAGAGAUGGAGCCCUUACUCUCCCAACAGUCCAGUGGUACCGUCUCCUCAGCCUUACCACUCAAACUGAAUGAUGCCAAAAACAAGCAAGACAGCAUUGCUGGUCUUGCCGAUCUCUUCAGCAAGAAGGCCAAAGCUUCCCUUGACCUGGAAAACCAAAUCAGGAAGGUGGAUGGCUUUGUCUCAGGUUAUGAGAAAAAGUUGGCUGCUGACACUACCAUCCCAGAUACACCCAAUGCUAUCCAAGCACGCACCCAGGACCUUCAGGCUAUGCGUGACGAUGUGGCCAGCAAGCAGGGAGAGAUGCAGAAGUUGAGUGAGGACCUGGAGGCCACAGAGCAGCUGUGCAGCUCGCUGCAGAAGGGCUACCAGGAGUACUGUCCUGACAUACGCAGGCAGGAGACUGAGGUCAAGCAGCUUAAGAACCGCUACACUAAUGUCAACAACCAGCUGCAGAAGAGAGAGAAUGUCUUGCAAGAAGCAGGGAAUAAGAACCAGGCACUCCAAAGCACCUCUCAGUCGCUUAACUCCUUCCUGAACAAUCUGCCAGACAAUAAGAUCAGUCCAACUGAUGAUCUGUCACAGAUCAACACCAAGCAGAACUCCCAAAAGAGAGUUGUGGAAGACAUUGGGAGAAAAGGAGAUGACCUGGAUCGAGCGGUUGAAUUGUCCAAUGACCUGCAGAGCGCCCUCAAUGAAUAUGAGACAAACUCUGAGAAGUACCGCAGCACACUCAGUGAUCGGGUGAAAACAGGUCCAGAGCUCAACCAACCUAGCCUGGCUGAUGCUGUGCAGAAACAGGAGAAGGCUUUGGUGAAUCGUUAUGCGGAAGUAUCAGCAGAGAAUGAACAGCUUCUCAACCAGAUGGAUUUUGCAAAGAAUCUAAUUUCUCAGAAGGAUGAAAAGAUAAGCCACGUGGCAGUACAACAGCAGAUGCAACUGCAGAGCCAGCAGAGAGUAGAGGAUGAGACUGAAGACCUGAAAAAAGAACUGACAGAGGAGAUUACCAGGCGGACCCAUGCUGAGUCUGACCUUGAAAAUUUCAGGUUGAGAUUUAUGUCCUUGAAGAGUCGUCGAGGUGUAGAGAGAGUGGAGGAAAAAGAGGUUCUCCAAUACUACCGUGACCCCAAACUGGAGAGUGACCUUGAAAGUCUGAGGAACCAGAUUCACAGUGAAACUCUGAAACGCUCUAGCACCCACAGUGAGAUUGAAAUGACCAAUGAGAAGAUAAUCUCUCUGGAGACUGAGCUGCAGAAUAUAAAGCCCAAACUGGUGACAAAGGAAGUGACAGAGAUUGAAAGAGACCCCCAGCUGGAUGUGGAGGCCGCCAGGUUGAGAGAUGAGAUAAGAAACCUGAAGGAUGAGGUCAGGAUCAGGGAAAGUGAGACUGUCCAAAUGAAAACUGAGGUACAUAUUCUGGAGCAGAAGAGGCCCACCAUUAAAGAAAAGUUGGUGAAAAAGGAGGUGAUCAAAUUUGAAAAGAAUCCAGAAACGCUGCGGGCUGUGACCACCUUGGAAGCUGAGAUUGGUGAUGAGGGCCUUAGGAGCAAAUCUUUGAAUGAUGAGAUCUUCCAAACCAGGAGCCAAAUCAACACUCUGGAGAGAGUUAUCCCUACCAUACAGCCAAGGAUUAUUGUCAAAGAGGUGAAGAAGGUAGAGCAAGACCAUGAGCUCAUCAGUGAAUCCAAGAAGCUCCAACUAUCUCUGGAGGAAGAGAGACUUGAAAACAACUCACUCAUCAAUGAUCUGACUAGCCUCCGCCAUCGUUAUGGACAAGUGGAGCAGAUGAAGCCUAAGGUGGAGGUCAAGGAGAUCAUUAAUGAGAUCUACAGGGUUGACCCUGAAACUGAGGCAGAACUGGUAAGGCUGAGAAAAGAGCUGAAGGAGUCCAGCAGACAUCGUUCUGAACUGGAGAGGGAAAUUACCUUACUGAUGACAGAUCUAAACACCCUCCGCUCCCAGAAGCCUAAGGUGGAGAUGAAGGAGGUAGUACAGGAGGUGGUAAAAGAGGAGAAGAGCCCUGAAAUCAUCAGAGAGAUGCAAAGGCUAAAUGAACAGCUGUAUCGCUUACAGACCACCUAUGACACCACCCUGGACCAACUGAAUCUUCUGCGAAGAGAGAGAGAUCAAUGGAAAGCUGAAAAGUCCAAGGUGGAGACAAAACUUUUGACAAGAGAGGUGAUCAAAUAUGAGAAUGAUCCGCUCUUGGAGAAGGAGGCUGAGCGAUUCAGGAGGGAGGUACGUGAGGAAACACAGCGUCGGCGCACCAUUGAGGAAACAGUUUUCGAUCUCCAGAAUAAGAGCAUCCUUCUUGAGAGGCAGAAGCCGGAGGAAAAGGUGGUUAUACAGGAAGUAGUGCGUCUGGAGAAAGACCCAAGACAGAUCUUGGAGCAUGAAAAACUUAGCAAGAACCUGGAUGAUGAGAUGAAGUCUCGGAGGAAUCUGGAACUGGAGGUGCAGCAGCUGAGAGCUCAGGUUCUGGAGAAGGAGAGGUUUCUCAAGCAGUCAGAUGAACGACAAAAGAAGAUUCAGGUAGAAAUGGAGCUCAGGCAGAUUACAACUAGAAUCAGAGAACUAGAGAAUGCACCACCACCUCUUGAGGAGAAAAUAGUGGUAGAAGAAGUCAUGAAGGUUGAGAGAGAUCCCAAACUUGAGAAGAUGACCAAUGGCUUACGCAUAGAUAUGGACAAAGAGAGCAGUGACAUCAUUAGACUGGAGAGGGACAUCAGGAACCUUACUCAUAAACUGGAGAUCCUGCAGAGAGAUAAGUCUGUGGAGAAGACAGUCUAUAAAGAAGUGAUUCGGGUGGAGAAAGAUCAGGCUGUUGAGGCUGAGAGGACCCACUUAAGAGAGCAGAUGUCACAGGCGAGAAAUGCAAGACGGGACAUAGAGGAUGAAAUACAAAGACUUACUGAGAAACUGAAUCGGUCGCAGACUACAAAAACAUCUAAGUCCAUGGAGGAGACGACUCUCAUCCAUAACAGAGAUACCCUGCUGAGAGAGAAAGAUAGCCUCUCACGUGAACUGAGGACUGUCGAGUCAGAGAAACAGGACAUCAGCAUAUCAUACCAGCAGCACACCAGGCUGAUGAGUGAGAGAAGCCAAAUGAACAGACAAAAGAGUCUCAAAAUGGACUCAGAUGUGCAGCGUCUGGAGAGGGAGAUAUUGGAUGAGAAAGACAAUAUACACAAAAGGGAGAACACCAUUCGGGAGCUGCUGAACAGCCUGAAGAAAGAGGACAGUUCUGAAACUAGAACGAGAGAAACUAAUGUCUCCACAAGAAUUACAAUCUUAGACCCAGAGACAGGCAAAGACAUGUCUCCAUAUGACGCAUAUGUGGAAGGGCUGAUUGACCGGAACCAGUACAUUCAUCUUCAGGAACUGGAGUGUAAUUGGGAAGAGGUCACCACAAUGGGGCCUGAUGGGGAGAUAUCUGUGCUGCAAGACCGCAAAAGUGGAAAACAGUAUUCCAUCAACAAUGCCCUAAAGGAUGGCAGAUUGACCCAGUAUGACCUGCAAAACUACAAGGAUGGCAAGAUUCCCAUCUCAGAGUUUGCCCUUCUGGUUGCUGGAGAAAAAUCUAAGAAGCCCUCAACUUACAUGAGUCCAAAUUUGUCCUAUUCAAGCAGAAGUCCAAGCAGUACAAGCAGUACAAGCAAUACAUUCAGCCUAUCCCACAGUGAUGAGCACUUUCCCAUUGCUGGCAUUUUUGACACGACUUCCCAGAGUCGCAUGUCUGUGCGCAGUGCCAUGACCCGCAAACUGAUUGACGUAAGCACAGGACAGAAGCUGCUGGAGGCACAGGCCGCCACUGGAGGCAUUGUGGACAUCAGCAACAAAGAUCGCUACUCUGUUCACAAGGCAGCAGAGCGUGGACUCAUUGAUUCAACUCACCUACAGCGGCUUAUUAAUGCUCAGAAGGCCUUCACUGGGGUGGAGGACCCCAUGACAAGGGAACGCCUCUCAGUAGGGGAGGCUGUCCAGAAAGAUUGGAUGCCAAAGGAAAACGCAAUGCGCUACAUGGAGGCACAGUUUCUAACUGGGGGGCUAGUAGACCCCAGGAGGAGUGGCCGCCUCACCAUUGCUGAUGCAGCUAAGUCAAAGAUGAUCAAUACCGACAUGGCCAGAGAGCUCCAGGAAGAUUCCAACUAUGCUAAGGAGUUAGUUGACCCCAUUACAAAAGAGAAGAUUAACUACAAGCAGGCUAUGGCUCGCUGUCAGAAGGAUCCUGUCUCAGGACUGUUACUGCUUCCUGCUGCCUCCACAGAGCUCUCCCACCGAUCAUCGCUCUAUAGCUACUAGACAUGUUUACUGCCAGAUAAGAAGGGACUCUGGUCUCUGUGAUGAUUGUUACCAGAAGUCAAAUUAACAUGGACAACUUAAAUAUCCAUGAGCAGACAUCGCAGCAAGAUGUACCAAAUAAUCAUUAUGAACCAUCUCAGGAAGUCUACAAUCCUGUGUUGCUCAUUUUUGGCUCAGGCAAUUGCUGCUGAGGUGCUUAUAUUUGUUUACUUUCUUGUUUGUAAUGGGAUGCUCAAGUUAUUUUUUUGUAAACCUUAUUUAAAAUGCAUGAAAUCUAUUUUUAUCCAGGAUAAUAUAUGUUCAGAACGCAAUCUGAUCCAAGAUAUUUUCAUAUUAUGCUAAAUGGGUUGAUGGGCUUUCAUGCAAUCUUGUUCCUUUGCCAAGUUUUCGGGCAACUUUUCAGUGCUUCUCCAAGUGAUGAUGGAUAUAUUAAAAUCCAAGAGAUAUCUGUUUAGACUUUUUAUCAACACUACAACUUGUUUAUUGUUGUAUUCACAAACUAACUGAUUAAAAUUAAUUCAACAUUCUCAA